GGGGUUUCUACAUAAAAACAUGUACCAUUAAAUAUAAUACAGCUGCAUUCCACAACAUAUAGAAACACGUGGAAGAAUCCGAGAUGAACAUGCUGCUACUAGAAGAUAACUUAAUUACUGCCAGCCAGUCCAGAGAACAGCAGGAAGGAGACUGUCUUGGUGUAGCUGAUAUACCUGGUAGAACUUUUACUGUAGAAACCCAAGACAUCGUAGUUGCACUUAGACAAGGAGACAGCAGUGAACUAAUUUUGGCCACGAUGAAGUUUGUAGCAUGCUUAACCCUCCUCACCUCCGCUGUUUAUGCAGGUCUGCUGAGAAAAGGACUAACUUGUUCACAGGUGUGUGAUGCUUCUCAUUGCCCUGUCCCACAAGUCUGUUACUAUGGGCAGGUGAAGGACGGGUGCGGCUGCUGCCUGGUGUGCGCUCCCGGUGAGGGUGAAGCGUGCGUGGAGCAGAGCGGCGGCCUCUCCUGCGGCCACGGCCUGCGGUGCCUCUCGGUGCCGGGGACGGAAGGAGCACUCCACAGCUCCUGUGUGUGCGCCUCCUCCGGCCCGGUGUGCGGCAGCGACGGAAGGACUUACCCCAGCAUCUGCCGCCUGAGAGCCGAGAACAGGAGAGCCAAGCUCGGAGAGACCGCCCCGGUCUUUCUGAUCCAGAGAGGUCGCUGUGGUUUAGGAAUACAACAUUCAGAAAGUAUGCGCUACAAGUUCAACUUCAUUGCAGAUGUCGUGGAUAAGAUUGCCCCAGCUGUGGUGCAUCUGGAGCUGUUCCAACGAGUGUCAUUUUCCAGCGGGGAGGUCUCCGUGUCAAGUGGCUCUGGGUUUGUAGUGUCAGAGGAUGGAUGGAUCAUCACCAGUGCACACGUACUAAACAACAAGCAGAGGAUAAAAGUCAAGAUGAGGAGCGGUUUGCAGUACGAUGCUACAGAGAAGGACGUGGACCAAAAGAUGGACAUCGCGCUCAUCAAAAUAGAACCAGAUACUCCCCUGCCUGUGCUGCGUCUCGGCCAGUCCUCAGACCUGCGUCCCGGUGAGUUUGUGGUGGCAGUGGGAAGCCCUUUCUCCCUGCAGAAUACCAUCACCACUGGCAUUAUUAGCACAGCGCAACGCAAUGGCUUAGAACUGGGCCUCAAGGACUCUGACAUGGACUACAUCCAAACUGAUGCCACCAUUAAUGUCAGUGAAACAGUUUGCUGCUGCAUUUUAUCUCUCGACAGUUUUUGUUCUAAAUCAAUAAUGAGCAAAAAAAAAAAUGUUUUUUGUUUUUGUGAUUCACAGUAUGGUAACUCUGGUGGACCUCUUGUCAACUUGGAUGGAGAUGUAAUAGGCAUAAACACUCUGACAGUGGCAGGAGGAAAUUUUUUUUUCCUUUCUGCAGAUCAGUUCCUUGCUGAAUCCUACAACAGACAAGUCAACGGAAAUGUGUCUCAAAAAAGGAAAUACAUAGGUAUCCGAAUGCUUCAACUCUCACCAUCUUUGGUCCAAGAUCUCAAGGAGCGUGAUGGUGAAUUUCCAGAUGUGAGCUCAGGGGUUUACAUUUAUGAGGUAAUACCUGGAACAGCUGCAUCCAGAGCUGGCAUGAUCGGUCAUGACGUCAUCAUUGACAUUAACGGGCAGUCCAUUCACACCACUCACGAAGUGAGCAAAGUCGUCCAGAGCGGCACCGUGCUUUCAGUGGUGGUGAGACGAAAGGACAGGGAUGUUAUGCUAACUAUCAUUCCUGAAGAGAUGGACUGAAAUGAAUGGCAGUAAGUGUCAAAAACAGAAAAAAUAUACUUCGACCACUGGACUGUCAAAGCAGCAAUGUGCCAUGCAUUACUGGGUUUGUGUUAUGACUACACCUGGAUACCAAAGAUAGUAGCAGCAGGGAAUAUUUCAGUGAUUCAAGAUGUCAAGGUGUAAAAACCACAUUUAGUCAGUUCCUCAGAACUGCUAGGCCUUCUGUCUAGAGCUGCAGCUUUAUGCAGGUGGUCAGCAAUCCCAGAAGAUGGAAUCAUCUGAGGUGAAGACACAAAUCCAUCACAUGACCCAACAAGACGUCCUGUUGUGACUGACAAAGGCAGCCAUACACAAUUGCAAACACACACCAGUGAUCACAAAUUAGAUUAUACAACUGGAUAUUUAAAGGUCCAUACACCCUUUUUUUUAAAUAAAAAAGCAGUGAGAAGGAAAUGGAGAGUAAAAUUAGACCAAAACAGCUAUGUACUAGAGGUGGGAAUCUUUGGAAAACUCACGCUUUGAUUCGAAUCUUGCGGUCACAAUUCAAUUCAACAGUUUGAUUCAAUUAAAAAAAAAAAAAAGAAAGAAGAGUACUAUAUUUUGGUUCUUACUCUAGUGAUUUGU